CAACCCAAGGAACCCCACAGCUCAGAGUUUGGUAAUUUAAUCCCAAUUCCAGAUCAGAUUCUCUUCAUUCAACUUUUUUUCUUUGAUCCUUGCCUCUUUGUAAUUUAUUUCCACUUUUUCGGGUUGUUCACUUGAGGAACAUCACUGGGUCAUUAUCUGAGGAUCGAGGUUUUUCCCUUGGGCUUCCUUGGCUGGAUUCCUUUGCUUUUCUAUUAUUGCUGUGAUCAGCUCUUAAUAUUGGCCUUAUAAAAUAUGUAUCUUUUCUUGAAUCUUCAUUAGAUAGUUGUUGUGAAGACAAUGGGAAGAAGAUCCACGCAAGGAAUGGUUUAUAUAGACAAUCGAGUACAAUGGGUUUGUCCAUGUUCUUUGUAAUCUGCAUUCUCCACUCCGUGAUUGCCAUAACGAGUGGAUCCUUAAUAAUGUUCUAUCUCCACGAGAUCUAUAUACUCGGCCACGGUGUUGAAACGGCUCAAAAGCUUUUAGGGUCAACCCCACAUGAUCAAUUGUUAAUUCAGACAUCCAAUUCAUUUGUUGGGUUGCUUCUGUUUGUAGUUGGGUUCUUGGUGUUCAUGGUAGCCUUUAUCAAAGACAACCUGUUCCGGAGCUUUUUCGCCAAAGGAUGUGUACUCCUUCACUUAUCAAUGGCUGUGUGGAGGGUUAAUUUUGAGAGGAGGUUAGAGGAUCUGGCUUGGGAUUGGCCGAGACAAGUGAUGGGUGAUAUUCUGCUGGCUCUAUCUUGGGUCUUCUUUUUACUCUAUACUUGGAAGGCGAAGUAUGACUAGCUUGCACUGCCAAGUUCCAAUCUCACUCACAUUUUGUUCGACAAUGUGGAGUUAGUAUCUGGAUAUUCAGCGGAAAAAAGAGAGCUCGGAAUCUGUGAAUGAAAGGUUACCAUGUGCCUAAGUCUAACAAGCUUGAUUAUUGUCGCAAUAAGAAGUAGAUUGCUGCCAAACCUUCCAUAUUAGGGUGGAAAAAACUAUGGGCCUUUGCUUAAGGCAAAUUUUUUACCAACACAUUUUGAGAAGCCACUACAACAUCCGUUAGCAGUGACCCUAAUUUUGAGCUUUAUACUAUUUGUUUGUUU